AAAAUUAUAAUAUUAGUAAAGGAAUCAAAUUACAUAUUAUCAAACACGUGUAUAUAUAUAGUUUGCGCGAACACGGUAUCGUCCGGAUCCACGUUUUUCGCUGCUAGUGAAUAAAUUAGCAGCCGGCGCGUCUCGCGUGAAAUUUCACUUUUUGCCGGCGAGGAUCGUCUCAACAUGUCAACGAGAACGAGAUAUGGACGAAAAUGGAACUAUGAACCGAGUCGAUUACGAUGAGAUUACAACAAGGCAGAGGAAGAAUUAUAUACUCUCUAUCGAUAUCUAAUUACAAACAUAAAGUUUCAUAGUUUCCCAUCACUAGUAUGUUAGAAUCAUAGUAUAAGAGCCCAGGGACUCUGAAGUGAAGGAUGUUUACAACAGAUUACCGAGUGCUUAGGAAGAUGGAUGUACGUUAUUCGAUAUUCAAACUGCUUCUCUUCCUAAUGCUAACGGAUCGAUGUACUGCCAAGUAUAUACAUAUGCCAAGAGUACAUAUUGAACACUUGGAAGAUGAAAUCCAAGAUAGCAUCAGGCAAACAAUACAUACGGGUAUUUACUCGCACAAGCACCUGGACACGUCGCAGGUGCAAGUUACGGUGCCCGUGAAGGUGACGAGCGAGGGGGCGUUGCUAUCGCACGAAGUGGAGCACGCGCACGCGCACGGACACGCGCGCGCUCGCCGUGAUUUACACCAGAGGGAGCAUCUGCAGCCGCACGAGCUGCACUACAACCUCACCGUCGACGGCCGACAACUGAGGCUGGACCUUAGGCCUUCGGUAACAUUCAUAACUCCGGCGAUGGUGAUAGAGAGGCACACGGCGAGCGGACGCACGCGGGAGAGGCCGCAUGUCGCCGCCACGUCCUGUCAUUACACGGGCGCUAUUCGCGGACAGCCCUCGUCGAGCGUCGCGCUUUCUGCGUGCGAUGGCCUGGCGGGCCUUUUACGGACUGAGCACGGAGAGUACUGGAUCGAGCCAUCCAAUCAAGUUCCCACCGAUAGUUCCGCGGGGCGACCACACGUAAUAUUUAAGCGGUCGGCCGUAGACAAAGUUAAAGCUUAUCAUCGAGCGAAGAGAGAAGUUGACAGCAGAACUAAUUCAAAUCUACCACAAAAUAAAGCCAAUAACAAAGUUACUAACACUAAUUACAGAAGAUACUCAAACACUCAUCAAAACCGCAGCAACAAAGAGGCUAUGGACAGACGGAGAAGAGAAUAUUUAGAAGCAAGACGAAAACGAUUAGAAGCUAUUAGACUUAAUCCUACCGAAUUCAGGAGGCACCAGGCGAGAUUACGAAUGGAACAACGACGGCACCAAUCAAAUUCAAGAAGUGGAUCCGUCGAAAAAAGUAAUUCUUACGAAUUUUCUCACAGCAGAAGUCAGAGUCGAGAAAAGACAUCGGACAGUCUGAGGUUACGACGUAUUAGAAAUAGACGAAGGCGAAAGAGAUCGAAAAAUUGCGCAACUAAACAACCUCCGUAUCAAUGGAAGACGAAAAAUUUCCAUCGGCAUAAUGACACAUCAAGUACGCACCAGAAUAUUAAGAACAGUCGCAGUAAGGAGCACUGGAAGCACGGCAGUAGAGACAGCACGCGACGGUCCACGCGCUCUGUCAGUCGACCACAGCACGUCGAGGUUUUGUUAGUCGCUGAUAAGUCAAUGACUGACUUCCACGAUCGGGGAAGCUUGGAGACGUACCUACUCACUAUUAUGAAUAUGGUUUCGUCUCUGUAUAUGGACCCAUCAAUUGGAAACUACAUAAAAGUUGCCGUCGUCAAAAUAAUUCUGGUCGAAGAGAUGCAAUCAGCGCCAGAGUUGAAAGUGUCGACGAACGCGGACGCGACGCUGGAAUCGUUCUGCUGGUGGCAACAGCAGCUGAAUCCUGAUGAUGAUGAGAAUCCGCACCACCACGACGUGGCCAUUCUCGUCACCAGGAAAGACAUCUGCAGCCAACAUGACUCCCCUUGUAGUACAUUGGGCGUGGCGCACGUGGCGGGCAUGUGCAAGCCGGACCGCAGCUGCUCCGUCAACGAAGACAACGGCAUCAUGCUGGCGCACACCAUCACGCACGAGCUCGGACACAAUUUCGGCCUGUACCAUGACACGGAGAAAAUUGGAUGUCACCGCCGCGAGGGGUCUACGCUACACGUCAUGACACCCAUCUUCGAAGCUGACACCAUACAAGUAGCAUGGUCACGGUGCAGCAAGAGAGAUGUAACCAAUUUCCUUGACGCCGGAUUAGGAGAAUGCCUCAGCGACUUGCCUUCACAGCAAGAGUACGUUUAUCCUGAAGUACCAGCUGGAGUGACGUUCGAUGCGGCGACGCAGUGUCACCUCCAGUUUGGUGCGGAGGCCGUGGUGUGCGCCAAGCCCACGGAGCUGUGCGAGCAUCUCUGGUGUCUCGUCAACAACACCUGCAAGACCAUGUUGCGUCCCGCCGCCCCAGGCACCACAUGCGGAGAAAACAUGUGGUGUCAAAACCAGACGUGUGUGGCGCGCAGUCCGUCGCCUGCGCCGCGCGACGGCGGGUGGGGCGAGUGGGGGGAGUGGAGCGAGUGCUCGCGCUCGUGCGGCGCCGGCGUCAGCACGCAGGCGCGCGAGUGCAACCGCCCCGAGCCCCUCAACAACGGCAAAUACUGCAUCGGUGACAGGAGCCGCUACAAAGUUUGCAACACGGAUCCGUGCCCUAUCAACGAGCCGACGUUCAGAGAGGUGCAGUGCGCCAAGUAUAACAACAUUACAUACAACAACGAGACCAUCUCCGACUGGGUGCCGUAUUUUGAUCAAGACAAGCCAUGCGAGCUGCAGUGCAUCCCGCGCAGUCGCAGUGACGUGGAGAUGUUGGGCGGCUUCGUGGCGGACGGCACGCCUUGCAAACAGAACCUCGGCGCCAGGGACAUGUGCAUAUCUGGGGUGUGCUACAAGGUGGGUUGCGACUGGAUCGUGGGCUCGGAGUUGGAAGAGGACGCGUGCGGCGUCUGCGGGGGCUCCGGCGCCGCCUGCAAGACUGUACUCGGUAUAUACACCAAGGACACCGCGAGACAGCCCGGCUUCUCUGAGGUUGCAGUGAUCCCGGCGGGUUCCAGAAAUGUGAAGAUCGAAGAGAAGGUGAGCACAGGCAACUACAUCUCCAUCAGAAGCGCCAAGUCCCGCAGGAUGUACCUCGUCGGCGCCAGAAAUGCAACAAUAUCGGAGUACUUCGUGGCGGGGGCGCCGGCGAUCUACGAGCGAGACCGGGACUGGGAAAAAGUGCGCAUCAGUGGACCACUUGCUGAAGAUAUCAAAGUAUUCCAACGUAUCUCUGGCGGGAAACACCGCAACCCCGGCGUCACGUACCAGUACACGGUGUCGCGGCCGCAGCGCAGACACACCUACCGCCUCUCUGAUUGGUCGCCCUGCUCCGUCUCCUGCGGCGACGGCUACAUGCGCAGGCACAUAGAGUGCGUCGACGAACACAACCGAGUGGUGGAGCAGUCGCAAUGCUACCAGACCGAGCCGCCGCGGCACGAGGCGCUGAUGCAGCGGUGUCGGGCGGCGGCCUGCCCGCGCGCUCACUGGUGGGUCGGCGCCUGGAACCUCUGCUCCGCCACCUGCCACAUGCCGGGCGAGGAUGCAACAAAACAACGGAGCGUUUACUGCGUGGACAAGACAACGAAUAACGUCAUACCAGAUUCCUUAUGCGACGCGGCCAUUAAGCCCAUCAGCAUUAUCAAGUGCGCUGAUGUGCCGGCCUGCUAAAUGAAACAAUUUUGAAAAUUAUAAGGAAUAAAAAAAACAUAAAAGAUGAAAUAACGUGGCGUAUUUCACAAAUAAACGAACGAAUUGUUGCAAAUCCAAAUGAUGGAAUGACGACUGAAUGUUGAGUUACAAAAAGUACACAGGUCGAACAUUUUAGUGACCACAAACAAAAAUGGAAAGAACGAGAAUGAAAUUGAGUCAAGUGAACGAAACGUAUAUUGAAUGAACUAUAAAGUGCGAAGUCUCAGAUGUGAGGUGACAAUUUAACGUGUGAGUGAUAUAAAGUUUGCCGAGGUGUCGUGUGAGAUACGUAAUGUUGAGUACGUAGCCCAUCGAGUAGUAUAAAUUCACUAACACGGCCUCGAAUAACAUCACCGUGUGAUGGCGAGCGGGUCUCGACUGCACGCGAGAUGACGCUCCGCGAUUACCACUUACUGCCAUAUUAUAUAAGUGAACUCUAGUUUUAACAUAGUCUUCGCUUAGUCUUAACGAAUAUUAAUAUUUUAAAAAUUCUUAUAACAUCAGUAUUAAUGUGGUGUAUGUAUUCCUUCGAAGUAUAAUAAAGUAACGGGACGUGAAAGUCGUAAGUAGAUUACUGUAAAAAAAAAUUUGGACCAAAAAUAUAUUUUAAUUCAAAUUCACGUUGCCAUAAACACGAUUACUGCCAAUAUGACACUCGUAUUAUAAGUACAUUGUAAGCUUAUACAUAGGUAAUACUAAUAAAUGCUGCAGAAUUCAUAUGUUUGUACGAAUGGAUUGCUGUGGAUCACAAUGGAUACGGAUAGCGUUGACGCGCUGCUGUUCGUUGUGCCUAGUCACGAGACGCAAACGCCUGCGGCCGCGCCGACGUAGACCGUCGCCCGCGCAGGCCGAACUUCAUGUAUUCAAAAUGUGUCGUCGUAAACAUUUUAUGUAACAUUUAACCCACUACUUGAUUUUGAUAAGACUAAUUUAUAUGUAUAAAAACCAGUGAAAACGCGUCAAGAUUGAAGCGGAAGAUAUUUAUUUAUAUGUUUGUGCCCUCAUUACUUUUAACCGACGAAGCAUAAUCGUAACUUUAGUAGUAUUUUUUAUUUAUCCAGUAAUAUCUAACUAUAACUUAGACAUAUGUAAAGUUGAUUCUUGAUGUUUCAGUUCUAAGAUUCGUCAGAGAAUAUUUUCUAUCGAUCUUUUGAUACACAAUUUUAAU